AUGGAAGCAGUUAAGGACAUCACGGAGACGGCGGCCGUGGACCUGGGGGACCUGCUGGACGCCGGGGACGACGCCGUGGUGAUACUCGAGGCAGGCGACACGCGGCUGUUGGCGCACAGGGCCGUCCUGGCGGACAGGAGCCCUGUGUUCGCCGCCAUGUUCGCCCACGACACCCUCGAGGCCAGUAGCGGCGCGGUGAGCAUCCCGGACGUGGGGGGACCGGUGCUCAGGCAGCUGGUCUCCUACCUGUACACCCUGCGGGCCCCCCAGCUGCCCGGCACGGCCCCCCAGCUGCUGGCCGCAGCGGAUAAAUACGGGGUGUCGCGGCUGAAGGAGGAGUGCGAGCGGCAGGUGGCCGCUCAGCUGACCGUUGAGACCGCGGCGGCCGCAGCCGUCCUCGCAGUCCGCCACUCCUGCAGUGACCUCAAGCACGCUGCACUGGCGUUCAUUAAGACCUGUCCGUUCGAGGUGAUGGCCACUCAGGGGUGGGCAGAUGCGAUGCUUCACCAACCAAAAGACUUGAUCGAAGUGAGCCGGUUGCUGUAUGAUCCACCACCAAAAAGCAGCACACCAGCCGUCACCGCCACUACCGCCACUGCCAUCACCGCCACUAUCGCCACCACCGCCACCACCACCACUGCCAACGCAUCCCGCCAGACACCUGCUGCAGCUCCACUUCCCACAUCUCCUCCACCUGGAGAAGCCACUGUCUCUCACAUGCGGUGA